UUCGGUAGCGUAACAGUAAUGGCGUCGGUAGCUAUACCACGGUAGGCAAACAAAAGCAUCCUCAAAACUCCGCAGUCCCUAGAUGUGAUGGUGAAUUCGGCAUCAUAUCCAUUUCCGAGUUGUAAUAAAAUCCAGUAAAAAGUGUAGGUAAUUGGUGCAAAACCCCCCCAAUUCGUUAUUUUCGUGCAAAGUGUUUGAAAAAUCUUGACAAAUACCCAAGCUUUCGACCUAACCUAAUUGUAUUGACAUUUGUGUGAAAUUUGUUUUCAAACAUCAUCAGCGUGUAAUCGUUUGCCGUGUUUUGAAUAAAGCCAAUAACCAAAAUCGAAAUUCGUUUGAAUGUGUGAGAGUCUCCUUUGUUCUAGACGUUGUCAAACGGUUCGAUUAAUGCAUGAGCGAUUGUGAGUAGGAAAAUGUCGAGUCCGAACGAGUACCACAUGCGGGAAGUGGUCUUCACGGACCACUCCAGGUUCCAGUCGGAAGAGGAAGCCGAAACGGGCUCAGACGAGGAGCAGCCCAUCAUGUUUCACUACCACCAAGUGGAGAAAUCCGCUAUAAAACGGCGGGGCCACUUGCCCAAAGACGCCGUCAAAAUCCUCAAAAACUGGCUGUAUGAGCACAGGUUCAACGCCUAUCCGACCGAAGUGGAGAAAAACAUACUGUCUCAAGAAACCAACUUGACAGUGCUGCAGAUCAGUAAUUGGUUUAUCAACGCACGAAGACGCUAUUUGCCCGAAAUGAUGCGAAGGGAGGGCUACGAUUCCAUGCACUACACGAUCACAAGGCGUAGGAGAGUAAGACGUGGCGUGAACGGGGAGGUUUAUCACAAGGGGAGCAAGCAGAUGAGGAUCGAUGGGGGCAGUGAAGACAGUCAGUCAGACUACGAGGAAAACACAAACGGUUAUGAGGAGGUCACCAGUGAGAGGAAAUUCAAUCCCUGGCAGGCGGAUAUUCACUAUGGACUUACUGUAAAUCCAGCUGAUAGAGGAACCGAGGCUUUGGAAGUUGGCCACACUGAAGAAGUUGAGAGCACAAACGACGUAACCAGUGUUGCUUCAUACCCUUCGAGUUUGGUGAUGGUGAAAACUACAUCGGGUAAAAACGUAAUAUUAAAAGUGGUUCCCCAACAGAGCGACUCUGAUGCACCUAAAACUUUUCUCUUGAAAACUACAAAGCUUAUCAAGCAACAACAACAAUCGGCUUCGCCGUGCGAAAUCAUCCCAAAACAAGAAGUAACUGUUGAUGAAGAAGUUGAAGAAGACGAUAGUAGUGAGUUGCAGUACGAACAAGUUGAGGAGCAGAUUGAGGAGUAUUGUGAGGACGUCGAAACGGAAGAUGGGGAGGUGGAAGAGGAACAGAAUGUUAUCGAGGAGGGUACAUUUUUAAACGAACAUUUGUUUGAGAACGCGAUGGUUACUAAAACUUUUGAUGAAGAAGUGUUUGUAAAUGAGGUGACCUUGGAAGAUAAUGUAAAUGAGGUAACAAUAGCAGGUGAGGUAACUGUGGAAGGGGCGUCGAGCAAUGAAGAAGACGAAGAACAGCAGGAGCAAGUUGUCAUGCUCGAGUAAUAACACACUUAACUAAUUUAUUUAUUGCAAGUUGAAAGUAAUCUUCUUACAUGUUAUUGUAAGUUUUUUUUGUACAAUGUACAAUUUCUUUUAUAGGAUUUGGAUGUAAUUAAUUGUACCCAAAAGUCAACAUAGUUAAAUAGAAUAUUUUUUAUAAAACUUUA